AUGUCCGAUGGAUCAAACACCGCUGGUGACUCGACUAUGUACAUCCUUGGUAUACCCGACUCUGCAUUGGUCCCAAUCGACGAUGAGACUUAUCCAAGUAUAUACUGGAAAUCGUUCCAAAGCGGGGAUGAAUUCUGGUUGACAGCCGCGAUCGAUGUACCUUCAUGUUCAAUUAUUUCCACUGGCACUGGUCCGCCUACGGUUUAUGCACAACUCGAGAGCUCACAGGAAGCAUUUCUUUAUGAUCCCCGGGUGAUCCUACAAGAGAAUACUUUGGAUAAUCCCAUCCUAGAUGGUGGGAGGUCCUUGGUUCUUGAGACGAACUGUAUAGCCAAUUGUGCCAAUGCUCCGCGAACCUUCUUGAACGAAGAUCAUUGUGUACUUUCGACUGCCGAAACGGCAUGCCAAGCGAGCGAGGUUCUUGAAAUUGAAAUUGAAUUGUCAGAAGAAUUCAUCAAGGUGUCAAAUGAGAUUACCGGUCGAUAUAUCUAUGCUGUGGACAACUUGCCCAUCAACGAUGAAUCAUAUCGAGAUACCGAUAACCAGCUACAGUAUUACAAUGAACCCCCUCGUAAUCCUUCCCGUUGGAUGCUGGUCGACGCAAGCAUCUGCCAAAACCCAAACUAUAGAACUGUUGGAUUGCGAACACAGACUGUCUUCGGUAAUCUGCUUCAGCGUUCAUCUAGUUCCGCGGACUCUUGGUUGGAAGAUGUACUGUUCUUUCGCGGUCUCUUCUGUGACGAGGAUGAUAACGAUAAGCGAUCCUUGGGACUCAUUCGAGACGGCGACGGUCAUUGUUGGCAACAUGUCAAUUGA